CAAAAUUUGUUGUCUUAAAAAGUGCAAUUUGUUUUAAGUUUCAAGAAGCAAUUUAAUAGUCUGAAGCCCAGCACUCGAAAGGUUUUUUUCCAAGUGCAUUCCAGGACGAAAUUCAAUCUCCUGCAACCAGUGCGGGCAAUCAUCCGACCUGCCACCUGGGCGACACACUUCAUUCGAUUGUCGAGAUUGUCGGAGGCUUAGAUUGAUGCCCGACGGCUUGUCGAAAACUCUGCGAAAUAAUUUCAAAAUUUCGGUCUCUGAAGGGAAAUCCAAAUCCGGUGAAAAUGACUCUGCUUUCGGGAGCCUCAUCGAAUAGGUUUCAAAGUCAAAAACCAGCGAAACGGAUCAGUUGGCGGCGUUUGGUGGCACUACUGCCGCAAUCUAUUGUUUUGCCGGUAAAAUCGGGAAAACCAAAUGCAUUUCUCGAUAUGAAGGCACUGAAUCUUGUGUAUCGACGUCUUCAGGAAGACUUUCUGGGCUGUGAAGCUCUGUGGACGAUAUUUGUGGCCGCUGCAUGGAGUUAUCGUUACAGGACGAGAUUGAGACCAUUUUUAAGCCAUUGGAGCACCAUAGAUGUGCUCUGUAAUACUUUGGGGGAAGCCCCCAGAUUGGAGGUGUUGCAACAGCAGCUGAGGCACUGCGAUUAUCAGGCUUGCUCCUCCAAUGUGGUUCGUUUGCUUACGGAUAUAUUGGUGGAUCAAGCCGAUCGCGUCUCCUUGAGCUCUCUGCGACCUUGUGAAUUUGGGGAGUUGUACUCUCAUUUGGGAAUGCAACCUCCUCGUUGUCCACCCACUCAGAUCUUUGAGGUAAGAAUGGGUAGGGGAAACCAGAAGGUUGAAGCAUAUGCUCGUUUGCGGCAGGACAACAAGGAAUCCGUCCGACUAGGAUUCUUUGGCUGUAAACUAGAAAAGCUAUAUGCUCUGCUAAACCACAAUUGCCUAACCGAUGGAAAGUGCUUAAAACUAACCAGCGAUGUGAAUGAGGCUCUGGCUAAAAGUAAACCUCAAGCCGGUUUGGGUGGCUCCAAAUGCGGUUCGAUUCUUCGCUGCGUUGCCAUCGUAGAAUUUGUUUUCCAGGAAAACGAAACCAGUCCGGAUAAGAAGCACGUGAUCAUCAAGGAUGCGGCAACCAUGCAGAUAUCCUACCUGCUAAUUUACGGCCAAAGUUGUGAUGAACAUGCGGCUGAGAAGCAAAUGCAGCUGGUGGCACAGCCAGGACGAAAGCUUCUCAAUUGGCUGGAGAACCACCAGGAUGAAGCCAUGUCCUUGGGCGUUGGCCUGCUGAUCGUUUCCUCGAUGGCUCACUUUGGCUGCAAUUUCUUUUGCCUCUUCGCACGAACUGGCUUUCAUGUUCUCAAGCGAGGGCUUAUAUGAAAAUUGAUAAUCGUAAACUUUUAUUUUACCCGCUUUAUAUCCUGUAACCUUGAACUCCAGCAGAGUUUUGUUGCCGACUUCGGUUUGGUUUUUGGUUCACCACCGAAGACUGCAACAAAUCUCCGUUGGCCAGUGAAGGAAACCAAGUGACGUGCGAAAUGAAAUCGAUUUGUGUCUUUAACUCUUUUAGAA